AUGGGCAAAAAGCGCGUUCUAGUUAGCUAUGGCGUCGACAUCGACGCAGUUGCCGGCUGGCUUGGCUCAUACGGAGGCGAGGAUAGUGUCAGCGACAUUAGUCGAGGACUAUGGGCCGGACACAUUGGCACCCCGCGCCUACUCAAGAUGUUCGAAAAACACAACAUUAAAGCAACCUGGUUCAUACCAGGCCACUCACUCGAGACAUUUCCCGAAGAAUGCGCCGCUGUUCGUGACGCAGGCCAUGAGAUCGGACUUCAUGGGUACUCGCACGAGAACCCAGCUGCUAUGAGCGAGGAACAGCAGCGCGAUAUUUUAGACAAAACCUACAACAUGCUGACCGAAUUCUGCGGCAAGCCACCGCGCGGCGUCGUGGCGCCGUGGUGGGAGGCUAGCGCCGAGAUGGUGGAGCAGUUACUCGAGUAUGGUAUCGAGUAUGAUCACUCGAUGUCUCAUGAGGAUUGUCAGAUGUACUGGUUACGAACCGGCGACUCGUGGACUAAGAUUGAUUAUAGCCAGAAGGCUGAGACGUGGAUGAAGCCACUGGUUCGGGGCCAGAUGACGGGUUUGGUGGAGAUCCCUGGUAGUUGGUAUAUUGAUGACUUGCCGCCGAUGAUGUUUAUUAAGAAUUCGGCGAAUAGUCAUGGCUGGGUGAAUCCGCGUGAUGUUGAGGAUAUUUGGAAGGUGGGGGUUGUCAUUGUGUCUCGCCUGGGCAGUCCUGAUUACAAUCUCGUCUCUGCUACACACUUCUUGCAAUUUACUUGUCGGCUGAUUAGAUGGGAACAGGAUCACUUUGACUAUUUUUAUCGCGAGUAUGAUGAGUUUGUCUUUCCUAUGACGAUUCACCCGGAUGUUUCGGGGAGACCUCAUGUGCUCCUUAUGCAUGAAAGGAUCAUCGAGUACAUCAACAAGCAUGAGGGUGUCGAGUGGGUGACAAUGGAACAAAUGUGUGAUGAGUUCAAGAAGAAGAAUGAGCCUCCAGUGGGGGCUUUGAUGCCUGCUCUUAGCAAACAGCAAUAA